AGGCUUUAGAAGGAAAGGCAGCGAUGUCAUAUUUGCAUUUUGUUGGAUUUCUCUCAUUUUUACGACUGUCAGGUCUAUUCAGGUAAUAACAUGAAAAUCUUCCUACGUAUACUAAGAGAAAUUCACUUCCAUAUUUUGCCUUAGCUUUGGAAAGUUUGUUUUUCAAGUUUGAACUAUCGCUAACAACCAGUUAAUAAACAAUGGGUGAUUGGUGAUUGUAUUUAAGGGAAAUGUGAAUUGACCUGGUUUGAUGCGAUAAAUGUCAGUUACAAAGUUCAUAAUUACAUAUAUUGCUCUAACUAUAUUCAGCCUAUGUUGGUGUUUUGACGGCACUAAUGAUGGGUGCAUAAACUCUCGACCGUUCUAUAAUUUAUUACAAUAUCAUUCAGAUAAUAGUAAAUCAUGAUACAAAUGCUAGUUUGAAAACAAACUGCUAGUUUUAAAACAAACUCAAGGUUCUAUAAAGGCAGCCAUAUAUUCAGAAACUUCUGCCACUAAACCGCUUAACCGUUAAAUUAAAUCGUUCAUAAACCCGAUAAUUUGCAUAGGAAAUACAAAGAGACUUCUCAGCCCAUUCAGAUGAGUUUUACACCUUUUGUUUUCUAUUUUAAUUGUGUUUCUAUGGGACCAAGUUGUCGUUAUUUUCAAUGGAGCAAGUGUUAAAUCGGCUGUUGUUGGGUGGUUGUCAUAUAUAAGUUCAAAUUUGCAUUCAUGUCCAAGGAGAGUGAACUUUAGGAUCAGUUUUUAUCAAUUUCUUUAGAGUUCCUAUGCCAUUAACAUUGUAGACUAGACGAAUACAAACUUAUCCUACACACCUAACUCUUUUGAAAAGCCAACAUACAGGAAAUUCUUUAAAGUGUUUCUUUCUCGCCAUUUAAAGCAAAACUAAUAAGGCCAACAAAAGAAACGUGGCAAAGAAGGGAGAAGUUUGGCAUGUUUUUCUCUAAACUUAAUUGAUUUUUUUUUUUUAGCCAUGGCUUGGUGAUAAGGAAUACCUCUAGUGCUGACGAGAGCUCUACCUCUACAAGUAAACAGCCACUUACUAAGAUAGGGAAUCCUUUCGAGUCUAUGCUCACCACAACGUAAGUUUUUAAAAAAGAGAGCACCUCAAUUUCAAGGGGUGCCAUUAUUUGAAAUAGCUGUGAUCAGACGAAUUAGAUUUUCUCGACAAAGGAGAAGAAUGGGCUUGAAAAACAAAACAAAACAAAACAAAAAAAGAUAACAUGUCACCUUAAAGUUGUAUUUUUGUUGAAGUUCUAUUUUUGCGUAUCAAAAACCACUGCCUUUUCAAUUCCUUCUCGUAAUUCAAGUAGAUUUAUUGGCGAUUCCUCAAAGACCAACCUAGAAAUGAGGUCGCUUUUCUCAAUUUUAUUUGCAGGGAGUCAACUAUAGACUUGGCAACGCGAAAACAUAAUAGGAGUGAAGAAAUAAAGCCAGCGAACACACCGCCAUGGUAGGUACUUUCUUUCAUGUAGCCGGCUACCCACGCACGAGAUUACUGUGUGGUGGAUGUCCUCCCCUGGGGUGGGAUGGGUGGAAGAGACACUAAUUGUAAAGCGCCUUUGAUCAUAUAAAAAUGUUAAUUGUUAUAAAUGAAUUGUAAAGCGCUAUUGAAUAGCAAUAGAAAUAGCGCUAUAUAAAUACUGUAUUAUUAUUAUAUUCAUUCUGCUCAUGGUAACAAGCUGAACUUAUGUGCACUUAUAAGCUCCUUACUGGGUUCAAAAGUAUUGUUUUGAUGUUUUUGUGAGGAUUGAAUUGACUAAGAGCAAAUCUUGAAGUCGUUUCGACAAAAUUUUAUUUUCCUCACAGGGAAUACCAACUGAAGUAUGAGGAGUUAGUGAUACCGGGAAGAAACGUUUCUGAUAUUCUUGAAAUUGUAUUUAAGAACUAUGACAAAAGGAUUCGUCCAUUUUAUGGAGGUAAAUAUGCUCUUUAGAUAAAAUGUUACUUUGUCGCGUUCAUUUAUUCAAUGCAUGGCUGGCUCCUCAAGCAAGCAGAAUAAUUCGUUUUCUGUGUUCUGAUUAACUAUAGGAGUGCGUUAGAUGGACCUGUCUAACGCCGCCCAGGUUUGCCUGCUUAGCUCCCGAAGUCGGCUUUUGUCUGUAUCUGUAAUCUCUUAAAACAAAGACAAUCAUUUGCUUCAUAAAUGUUUUGCAAAGAAAGGGAUUGUCCAGAACUUAACAAACUUGAACCCGUUCGAGGUGAAAAACGCAUCUAUAUCCCUCAUUUGCCAUCUUAGUUUCUGAAAAAAAUUAUUUUACAACCUUAUUUUAUGUUUUCCCCUGUAUAUGAUUUAUGCUGUGUUUUCUUUCAGUACAAACACUCCACGUCGAUUUGGACAUGUUAAUUCUGUCAUUUGGAGAGAUUAGCGAAACUAGCAUGGUAUGUGAAGUGACACCUACAUUCGCCUAAUAUAAAGAAAACCUUCAUCUAAACUUCCGUUACCUUUAAAGUGAAAAAAAGGAAGAAAAAUUAGUUUCGAAGAAAAUACGUCCAUUUUGCCUUUUUUUUGGUGCUACCCCUUUAUUUAAAGUGCAUAUGCAAUUUUCCUGUUCCUCUCUAAACAGCCGAUUACUAUUCAUGAUUAUAUCAUAUUAUUUGCUCAGUGCUCUUUACUAUCUUGCAGGAUUUUGAGGUGGACUUAUACCUUGGCCAGUUUUGGCAAGAUCCACGAUUAGCUUUCGGUAUCAACAGAACAAUUAUCCUUGGGGGAAUAGCAUGCGAAAAGUUUUGGUUACCUGACACCUUUUUCGUCAAUUCCAUCGACACAAGAAUACACAGGAUGGUUUUCGCCAACAAGAAAAUAUGGAUAAAUCUAAUUAACGGAAGCAUGAUGUUAAGCGCAAGGUAGUUUCAAUUACAUCACAAAACAAAAAACAAACACACAUACAAACAAAAAAAACCAACCAAGAAAAGACAACAAACAAAAAAACUUACAAUUAUAGCGAAUUAGAAACAGUCACCACAAAUAAAGCCCUUUGCUCUGCUUGGACACAGAAUUUUCAGUGUUCUUUCGAUGCUUUCAUUAAUCUAAUAUAAUCUGUUUGAAGUUUGUUUUCUUUCUACAAUCUUUACACAACAGGUUAGUAACAAAAAAUUCGUGCAAGUUGGAUCUUAGGAACUACCCACUGGAUGAACAGACUUGUCACCUAGCCUUUGAAAGUUGUAAGUAUUCACAAGAAAAAAACUUUCAUAUUGGGAUGAGGGCACGCCAGGGAGAAUCUCUUAUUAUCACUAAAACGUUUUUGCCCACUGUUUUGAACUAAUCUGACACGGCUAAACUAAGUGUAUGGGUUCAUACCAGUUUGUCAAUAUUUCUCCCUUUUCCUGCGAUACACUUUGACUUGACAUUUACUGUUGUUACUAUCAUUUCGAUAUGGCAGUUUCGUACGAGGAAAAAGACUUGAAAUACAAGUGGCGGUCUCCGGUGGAGAGUACGAUCUUCAUUUAUGACAAUGAAAUGGCACAGUUCGAUAUUGUGAGCGCCACGAGAUAUCUAAAACAUGCAGUGUAUCACUCUGGUAAGGAAAAUUUUUAUGCGGUAAAUAAGUAAGGCUAAGCUGUCACUAAAAGAAACAUACUGCAAAGACUCUCACACAAAACAUCCUAAUUUGAAGCACAAUAAUAAAAUUUUGCUUAACACAUAUGAAACUUAAUGGUUUGGGAGGUGAAAACUGUACAGUCUGCAAAAGUGUCGAGUUAUUUUAAAUGUUAAACAGUAAGAUGGCAUGAUAUCACUUUGAAAUGAAGCGAGAUGUAUCAUGAAGAACACAAAUCGCAAAAUUACAAAGGAGAAGCGGGGGUGGCAAUAGAGUGUUGGUGAUAAUUUUGCCAACGGCUGUUUCAAUAUAUCUUCAGGCCAAUGUGCCAAUUAUUUUGUUGCGCACUAUAGAAACAAAACAUUGAUAUCUAGCAGACGGCUAACAAUGUGACAUUGUGUACUUAUCAAUCCAUUCAUGAACUGAAAAUAACCAGUUACUACUGUAUUCCUAAACAAUAGUUUUCCUUCAACAAGGAACCAACCAGAAUUUUCUCUUUUCAUUAUGUUUCAGACAUGUUCUCUGGUUUAACAGCGACUAUGAUAUUUCGUCGACGAUCUAUGUACUACAUUUUUCAAAUGUAUAUUCCUUGCGUGUGUGUUGUAGCUCUCUCUUGGGUCAGCUUCUGGAUAAAUCACGAGGCCGUUCCCGCCCGCGUGGCACUCAGUAUAACCACUGUAUUGACUAUAAGCUACAUGCGUGGAAACGUCAAUGCAGGGAUGCCACGUGUUUCUUACUUAAAGUCUAUCGACUACUUCUUACUUGGAGGAUUUGUGUUUAUAUUUAUGACUUUGUUAGAGUAUGUUCUUGUUCUGAAGCAAUCUCGCAAAAUACACGCGAUGAAUAACACUAAGAAGGAUGAUUGCGAGUUAAGUCAGGAUAAAGAAAAUCUGGUAAGUUCACGGCCAGUUGCAACAGCAGUACACGUAAGACGCGCCCUUCUUACUUCUAUCCCUCGAUUCUAAUAGCCGUUUUCUUUUUCCUUCGUUUGUGCUAUAGAACAAACUCUUUCUAUUGUAAGAACAGAGAUUUAUAGCCUGAAAUUUCUGUCUUAGAGUCAAAGGUACCUUUUUACCAAAUCGUUACUUUAAAAGCACAUUUGAGUUUCUUUCAUGUGAAGUCACUCAACAAAGCUGAACAUCUCGAAGUCAAUAAUAAGUAAUGCUCACCGAAAUAAUUUUUGAGCUGUACGCACCUUGUGGGACAGUUGAAGGAUUGCUCUGUAGGGUUAUGUUGUCCUGCUAUCACAUAUAUUUUAGAGAUAACUACUCAACUAUAUUCAAAUAUUUACCGAAUAUAGAGUGUUAACCUACCAUCAUUCGAUGUAAGGUAGCGGUACUGUUUCACCUCAUGUCUUUAAACUCCUGUUUCGUAGGACCGACGACCUCUUCUUGUAACUGUCGCAUUCGACGGCAAAAGCUACAAGUUUAGACAUUCUUUGGAAAACAUGGAAAAUGGCUUACACUCUUCUUACCCAAAAAGAAAAAGCUCCGUGCACGAUCGCACAAGAAAGCAGAACCUGGCAACACGCUUAAAACCCUUCUUUGUCAAGAAAGGAGUUAAAGAGAACGAAGGAGUCAUACACAGAGUAAAACGCAAAUUUAGGUCAGAACAAGGAGUUCACUACUUAGAUCAGUAUUCAAGAAUUCUGUUUCCAUUGGGAUAUGCUGCCUUUUUGACCACCUACUUCGUUAUCUACAUGGUGAAAAAGUAACAGUGCCUGGAUGGGAUGAUUAUCCAUUAAGUAGACGUUGGGAAGUGGUGUUAAGAGCAUAUAUCUUGUUUGAAAGAACCCAAGUCAAAUUGAUUCAUGCUGUCGCUUGCUUUAUGACGUGUUCUCAAAUGGCCAGAUUCGCCGCCGUUGCUGCUUCUUUGUAUGACCGUAAACCAGUUGUAAAAAGGGAGAUUUAUCAUUAAAAUUCAAGGAUGAUGAGAAAAGACAGCUUUGAUCUAUCUGAUCGAAAGCCGCACUACCUCGCGCGUGGUAAAUUGUAUCGUAGUAUUGUUAUCGCAUCAAUAGGAAUUUAAAUUAACGAUGAGCAUAACAUGUUACUUUCUACUGUUGUAAGGCGUUCCCUAAAACUUGUUUGAAUUAUUUUUUGGAGGUGCAGUAGUCAGAUUAAGAAUCAAAGUUGUUGUUCAGUACAAUUUUACUUGGAUAAAAAGGCAAAUUUCCAUGUUUCUUUCAUUAUUCUUUUUUUUAUAUUAUAUAGAUAUAUAUGUGAUAUCUGUGACAUAUCGAGUGCUUGAUAAGGUCAUACCUCUCUGGCAAAACGACGUGAGAACUACAACUACGAUGGAAAAAAAAGAUUUCAGUAUAGUGAUAUUAUACAAAAUUUGAAAAACGACUAUAUCAAAUUUGAAAAGUGUAAUGAAUAUAAGAAAUUGGGAAAACUACAAAAAGGAAAACGAGAAGAGAAAAACAUCUUGCAAGACCAUAAGCCAAUUUAUACUUGAUAUUGUGCGUCUGGUGUAGUGAACCACUUGGAGUGGAAGUGUUCUCAGUGUCAUUUAUGCUUUGAUCUAUAAGUAUCCUGGCCUAUCUGCCAAAAGUUAGAGAAACCUUAAAGUACCACAUGCUUAGUUCAUGUAUGCUACAGUAAGUUCAAUUUACGGGUUACAAUAAAAUAAAUCAAUUUAUUCCCCUAUAUAUGGAAGCAUCAACUUAGACGCGUCUGUUAGUUCUUAUAAUUCCCCAAAUUAUCUGCGAGCCAUAUUGAAUAAAAAUGGCGCGUAAAAGCGAGCUUGAGAACAAUGAAGUUACAAUUCGGUAAAACAAUCAAUGUAAUCAUAUUGAGCAAAAUGCAAAGAGGGGAAAGGGGAGGGGAGCAGGCGGGGGAGGGGAGCAGGCGAGAGAGGGGAGCAGGCGAGAGAGCUGGAUAUUAUUCAAAUGAAAUAAUCAAACCCUUCUUCAAUCCAUUGAAGACACCGUACGAUUAACUAGCUAAGAUAGUUUGCCCAGCCAAUACUGAUCAUUUAUUAAAUCAAAGCAAGAGACGAUGAAUUGUUUUGGUAAUUCUUUGUCAAAAAAACAUCAGUGUGAACUUAGUGCGACUAUAAGCUGAGGAAAUGAAAUUUCGGUCUUGAAGCAAACGUCAUACAAAAAGGGUUAUUUGUGAUAGGAUCAUCUCACUACUGACCAGUUAGCUAAGUUCGAUUUUCAGAAAAUUACCUCUUUUUCUAGAGGUUUCAUCCUAGAAAUGGAUAGCUGAGUGUUAUCAUUCUGUUAGAAAACAAUUUUAUGGAACGGAGGGUCGUCGACUUCUUCAGGCGGAUAACUUACAAAAGAGGAGAACUUCUGAAAGUUUACGUCAGAUGCCAGUAAAUAAGUCAUUUCUGGUGAGGCACAUAACAUCCAAGCGUUUCAUUGAUCACGGCUCAUUAACAUUCAAAAUCGUUAAUACAACUGCGUUUAAAAAUUCAUAAGCACCUGUCAUUCACAACUUGACUUGAGUAAUGAAAAGUCAUUGCAUGAUUGUAAUUUUUACGAAUUCAGUUUUAAGGCUUAUACAAAAAAAAACUCUCAAAAACCUGAGAGUUUCAGAGUCUUGAUCAACCGUUUUUGGUAAUGAAAUAUACGCAGUGUAUUACGCAAAGUCUUGGCAAAUUAUGAGUAAGAGCAAAUUUUGUUGUUUCUGAACCGUCACAGAGGUCAAAUAGCGUGAGUCGGGAGACAAAUGGAGCCCUGCUGUGGCAUCCGGGGAUUUCACUAGGCAAAAAUCAGGCAGAAACUCAAAUCGUUUGACACAAAAUUCAAGCCGAGGUGCGAUAAUUCGUUUACGUCGCUUGAAAAAGAAUAUUACAGUCAAGGUAAUCCAGUGAACGAAUACGGCUAGGAUUUUCCUUCGCUCAUUCAAAGGUAAAUAUUAUUCAAGGGUUGUAUUAGUUAUUAAGACAAGAAAAUAUAUAGGUAGUUCCACGUACUACGGUUCGUCGAGAUCGCACCAAAGUAUAAUCUCUCAUCUAAGUCGAUGACAAAAAGGAGUAAAUAUUAAAUCUGGGGAAAACGAUUCACUUGGUGCAGAGACAAUCUGACGCCCGUUGGCAGUUUUGCGGUACUUUCGCCCGAAUAUGUUUUCAUUGAAGACCUAAUUCAAAUAAUUAGAAGUUAUAUAAUUAUGCAGAGACGCUUUGAGUCAAUGUUUUAGCUGUAUUUUUAAAUUAUUCCAAGGUGAAUAGAUUGUCGUAUUUUAUCUACAGGAUUUGAUGAUUUUCAUUGGAGGCUAUUUUCUAAGAGGAAAUCUGCAAUUAUGAAAAAUACGCUAUUCAUGAUAUGGUAGAAAUGUGACAAGUUUUAUAAAAUUCGUCAUUGUCAAAUGCUACUGCCACGAAAGAAUGAUAAACAAAAUUUAGUCAAGGAGCCCCAACCAGAUGACUUAGAAUUCACGCCAGCGCUAUCCCAGAACAUUGUUAGCUAAACAACAACGGAAAAAGCAAUUGAGAAUUUCAAUCUUGGAAAGUAAGAUGGGCGCAUAGGUCUAAUUCUGUGUUCAUAGACUGUAAUGAAGCCUAAAAACUAAACUCAACACAGUACAACAAUUUGAAAUAAGGUGAAAAAUGAUGAACUAUGAAACAAAACAGCUCUUGCUAUUUAGGAUUUUGCCUAAGAUUGCCAGCUAGGUAUUAAACUGCAGGAGUUUUCAAACGCAGCGAUAGAUAAUGAAAGAGUGACAUACAUUAUUUAACCUAGUAGUUUUCAAGUGAGUUUGUUUGCUUCAUUUUUCCCCUAGAAGUCAAAACCUGCUCCUUGUGUUAUACAAGAUCGCAUAAUGAAUGUUUGACUUCAGCAUAUUUCGUUAAAAAGCUAGGUCAAGGUAAACGUCGGGAUCCUUUCGGAAGAUAAAAACACGCUUUUAAUUUUUUAUGCCCAUUGAUACCAGAUUUGAAUAUCCUACUCAUUGUAUAACAAUGAGUGAUUGAAGUGCAAUAGAACUUCGUGGAAUUACUAAGACACUAAUGAUAAAUAUCUACAGAAAAUAGCUGUACAAAUACUUUUGUAACAUUAUUGUGUAUGUGCAUGUUUUGAUGAGGCACUCAAAAACAUCACGUUCUCCGUAGAUUUCAUUCAAUCAUGUACAUGUUUAUUGCAGUGUUUGAGACGGCCAUCCAAAUGCUCAAGUUGGAAAUUUUUCAAGAUCCAGCACUUUGAGUCCUUGAGAAUAGGGAAAUAAUUAGAAACUCUAAAGUUCGGAUAUACAGGCAUGUAUCUCGCAUUAUUUUACCCUGAAACGAUGUCUUCACUUGUGAUUUUUGAAUUCUUAAAUUCAUUUGAAAGCGAGAACUGACAAAUGUUCCCCAGAAACUCCUUUCUUUUGCAAGUUAAUUUGAGUUGACACUAAACAUUAUAGCAUUUGGCAUAUGCCAUCCAACGGCCUGCAAUUAUGACAAGAGUGAGUGAUUUAAUUACACAGACCACCUAUACACCAUUAGUUAGUUCCCUCGUUCCCCUUUUUGAAAAAAAGAACCGAAAAGGUGGGCAUCACUUGAUCAUGUAAAUUACCUUCGCUAUAAAAGCCGCAUGCCAUAAUGUAAACUCAUGCGUAACAAAGUCCAUUUUCUGAUCGUCCCAGUUGGUGACGAAUUGAUUCUGGUAUGACAUAACAAGGAUUCCUACAAUUCCUUACUAUGGCAAUUAUUGUGACGGGCGUGCACAGAAAGCUGUGCAGUUCCCACGAACAAAGCCUAAAACCGUGUUUCUGUCUUUUCAACAUGAGCGUCACCACUGAAGGUAGUAUACCUAGGCAUUUGUUGGCUUCAGAGACUGCUGCAUCAUCUUGAGUAAGGUAGAGAGACAUGCUAAGGAAAACAGACACACCUUUUUAGGUGUUCAAGGCAUCACCAUGCGGUAUCAACUGGACUCAUCGAAAAGCAUCUCUAGUUUUCUCUACCUUUGCAAAUGCUUCCUCGAUGGAUUUAAUAAAUACUAAUUAAACGCUCGUCCAAAACCCUAUUUCCAGGCCUGAGCGAGAAAAUGGGAUCAGGAAGAAUACUUGCACUGACCUUACUGUUCGUCGACUGUAUCGCUACAAACGUGUUGUGAGUAUUUUAAAUAUUUAAAUCGGUAUGUGUGAGCGAACAAAUACGACAAAAGAAGAUAUCCAUCUCUAAAAUUAUCUUAUGGAACAAUAAACUUAAGCUUAUCAUUCUCGAAAUGUAUCCAUGAAAUUUUACUUCAAACAUUUUCAUAGGGAAAUCUGUUUUCUUUCAGUCUUGUUUGUGGUUAUUUACGAACACUGAAAAAGCUUAAAAUAAUAGGAGUGAUAAAAUCACUUAAGAUCAGUAUUAUUUAUCAGAUAUAUAUACCAUUCUUCCCCGAAAAAUUUCUUAGAAAUCACCAAUAAAAAUUACUCUGUAACAACUAAACAUUACUGAUUUCAUUUGAAAAUAAGUGUAACUGACUUACAUGUUACAAACUCUGUGGCUGUCCUUGUGAUAAUCAGUCUCAUUUCAUUUUCUUUCCUGCGAAGGUAAUAACCAAGUAAUCUUUAGCAAAGGUUGACUUCCACUUUUAAUUUCUUAAUACAAAACAAGGGACAAGCUCUCAGUAGUAAAAAACAGGACGCUUAUACAGCCAGGAAGGAACAUGUCUGAAUUAAUCAAUUUGAUAUUGAGGAACUAUGAUCGCAAUAUGCGGCCUUUUUAUGGAGGUAAGCGUUCUUUCCGAUUCAGUAUGUAAACAUGUGUCCAGUCUCAGUUCAGAGAUUCAAAGACAAUCGAAAAGAUGCAAAUAACAUAGACGAUUUUAUCCAUUCUUAGUUAAGUAACUGACCGCCACUCACCCUAUCCACCCAUUUACAAUUAUCCACCUACCUAUUCACCCACCAAUCUACCUAUCUACCAACUUGCCCGGCCACUAACCUCGCCUUGCACCUCACCACGUCCCUCCUCAGCUAACUACUACAACCUAACCAAACCACUAGCUCACCGACCAACCUAUUUGGCAUGAUGCUUGAUAUGCAACUCUUGCACAAUGAAGGCACUGUGAGGCAUUUAUGAUUUCGGGUUAUUCCCCUGAUUAGUGGCACGGCAGGUACGAUUAGGAGCGUUGUUGCAACGCUGGUUGCCCUUUAAGACUUUGAUUGGUAUCCAAUGUUGAUACGCCAAUGGACUACAACAGUUCCUGCCUUCAUUAUAGUGACAGGUGUUGAUGUUAAAGUGGACAUUCUCAUCUUAUCGUUUGGGGAAAUUCGAGAGGCAAAUAUGGUGAGUCAGCUGGUAAACUAGUGUGGAAGGUUCAUGCCAAAAAUAAACGUAAUAAGUUACAAAAGAAAGCGCGCAAAAUUUAAGUUAAAGAGGAAGGGUCCAAACACCAAAUUAAAAGUUAUUCCAAGCCUUCAAAAAGUCAGAAGAAUUCUUAAAAAUAUAAUUUACGGUUGAGCAAAAUUAAAUUUCCAACAUUUCAUUAACCUUGGUUAACAAAGCAACCACACUACACUCGAUUCGAACACAGUCCGAGCAUAUGAAUCAAUGACAUUUGAUUUUUCCUCGUCUUUUAGGAGUUUAGCAUGGAUCUAUACCUAGGCUUGUUCUGGCAGGAUCCGAGACUUGAUUUAGGUCUCAACCGAUCUCUAACUCUUGGUGGUGACUUUGCUGAUAAAUUCUGGAUUCCAGACACUUUCUUCGUAAAUUCAGUUCAAACCAGUGUCCACGAGACUAUCCUUCCAAACAAGAAAGUUUGGGUAAACCUGAAUGGAGGUCAUAUGAUGCUGAGUGCUCGGUGUGAUACCUUUUUAAACUUUUUGUGUUCUGAUAUCUGUAUACGUUGGCCUUAGCCUAUUUAAAGACCGGAGCGAGGCAUCACUUCAAACAAGGCUUUGGGGGCUCCAGGGCAUUAUAUCUUAUAGGAAAAAAUCUCUGGGCUCCAAAGCAAAAUAAGAAACCUAUGCGCUACAUGACGCACAUUUAGGGGUUCCUAAUCUCCAGCAUUUCUUGGUGAGACCACAACAAGCGUGACAAUUUCCACCAGCAAUGCUGGUAACCGCAUAGUUCGUGUGAGACUUUUCGAUUACUUCACCAGAAACACUGCGCUACCGAGCUAGUUCGUGACAAAGUCUCUAUUUAGAGUGAUUACAAUUUUGUUCCAAGAAAGACCAGGUCUCUCUUUUUUGGUAUGCAUAUGCAUGUCUCAUUUUAUUGAAAGCUUGGCGAACUAAACAUAAUCUGAAUGUUUUCUUCACUGUAUAAGUAAAAUCUUACAAAUCUGUUUUUAUAUCUCCUUAGGAUGAAAUCUACAGCUUCCUGUAAAAUGAACUUACGGAACUAUCCAAUGGAUGAUCAAAUUUGUCAUUUAGCUUUGGAAAGUUGUGAGUAACACAUGAGACGCUUUUAUACUUUUUACUUUAGAGUCUUCAUUAAAUGACUUUUUUUACCAUUCUCAGCAUCAAAACAUGUCUUUACGAACAAACUUUCUCUCAGUUUCUUAUGAUAGAGACGAUCUUAAAUUCACCUGGAAAAAAGAAGUCGGGACUGAAGUCUAUAUAUACGACAAGGAAAUGGCUCAGUUUACUGUCAUUAACGCAACGAGGAAACUCAAGCAUCCAUUAUAUCACUCAGGUGACAGAUAAUGACACAGAUCCUCCAGUAAUAGUGUGAAAAAGACCGCACUUACGUAGGAUUCCGAAUUUAGUAAAAGGAGUAAAAAUCAAAACCGCAGCUUGAUAGAGCAAUAAACAUACGAACAUACGACUGCAUGGCUAACAGUCGCAAUAAACAAAGCGUGAAGUUCACCAAUCAUAGAUACACCAUGCAAGUCGUUGACGAACACAACUGCGUGACGAUUUAAGUAGUUUUUUGCAUAACGACUGAUGAAUAAACUGUAGAAACGGAAUUUUUAAGCACUAAAAGAACAUUGUUUUAAAAAAGCCAUUAAAAAAAUUGUUAAAUUAUAACUAUUUUCUUUCUCUUGCCAGAAUCAUUCUCUGGGCUCACAGUGACCAUACACUUUCAACGUCGCACCAUGUACUACAUCUUUCAGAUGUACAUACCAUGUGUAUGCAUUGUAGCUCUGUCGUGGGUCAGUUUCUGGAUUGACCCGGGCGCAAUACCAGCACGUGUUGGCCUUAGUAUCACCACAGUAUUGACGAUAUGUUAUAUGCUAGGCUCUGUGAACUCGAAUCUGCCGCGAGUGUCCUACCUCAAAGCUAUUGACUACUUUCUACUGAUGUCGUUUGGAUUCAUUUUUCUUACUCUGGUGGAAUAUGUGUUUGUUCUGAGGUAUUCAAGAAGAAUGAAGUACGUUGGUAGUUUCUCUCCUGGUGAAAGGUCCCAUGACGAUUUCUCAACAGAGGAUUGGGUAAGAACGGCUGUGAGAAGAGAAUAAAUAAAACCUCAAGUCUGCACUUUACAGUUUCACAUUAUGACUUUUUCAAAAAACGAGUACGUCCAUGUACUUCCAAUCGAAAUUUCUUAUGUGCCAAUGAACAAUUACAAAUUUCAUACCGAUGGCAAGUUGUCACCGAAGGUAUCAAACGUUGAUACAUAGUAAUAAACAGAACACAAACAAAAAACAAAAACAAGAUGAACAUCCCACAUUUCAAUUGCUUGUUUUCUGUUUUAACUCUUUAACUCCCAAGAUCUCAUUGGUAAUUCUCCUUACUGUCUGUCAUACAGUUCUUGUGAUGUUAGUUUGGAGAAUUUGGGAUUGGAUCAACUUAUAAUCCCCUAAUUGAUAUUUUUCUUUAUUCUCAUCACUAGUUUGCUUGAUAUUGUAUUGAUAUUGUAAAGAGAAAUUCUGUCUUUGUCACUCAUGGGAGUUAAAGGGUUAAAAUUUAUCAAAUCUUUAAUCACGUUUUUUUCAAAUACUCUUCUUUUUCCUAAUUCUCUACUUUUUCCUCUUUCAGGCUGAUAACUGUAGCAAAAUGGAGAUAAGAAUUUGCAUGGGAGGCAAAUCCUACGUCUUUACGGACUCUAUAGAUAACGUUAUAGGCUCAUCCAAAGGGAGGAAAAACGGAACAAUUUUCAAAUAUAAUAGCACCAAGAGACCUAUCAAAACCUGCAAUCACACGAAGCCAAUUUUCAGGAGAAAAAAAGAAAACGAAGGAACACUAAUGGAAAAAAUUAAGAAAACGUUUGGUUGUACUCUGGAUGGGAAUCAAAUAGACAGAUAUUCAAGAUUUAUAUUUCCCUUUUGCUACUCGCUGUUCUUAACGAUAUAUUUUGUUGGAUUUGUUUUUGGCAGUCAAGCUGUUCAAAAUCUCCCUGAAGGAGAGAUGUAUUGA